GAGAAGGUAUACAAGGGGGGAAAAACAAAAUGGGGAGAAGCAAGAAGGUGAUGGUGUUUAGCUUUGUGGUGGGUUUGUUGGUGGUGGGAUCCAUGGGAACCAUGGAGGACGACGAGAAGGAUUGCGCGGACCAGCUCACAAACCUUGCUGCUUGCAUUCCGUUUGUGAGUGGCACUGCAAAGAAGCCGACGCAGCAGUGCUGCCAAGACACCCAGAAAGUGAAGAGCAGCAAGCCUAAGUGCCUGUGCGUUCUCAUCAAAGAGAGCACUGAUCCCUCUCUGGGCCUCCCUGUCAACACCACUUUGGCACUUCAAAUGCCUUCCGCCUGCAACAUCGAUGCCAAAGUCUCUGAUUGCCCAACUUUACUGAGCCUUCCACCAGAUUCAGCAGACGCGAAGAUCUUUAAAGAAGCAGAUUCAAGUGCAGAGUCCUCCACAGAUUCCCCACCAGCUUCAACUUCAACUUCAUCUUCCUCCUCUGGGUCCAGUUCAAGUGCGGACUCAAAGGCAACUCCAACGAGCAAUGGUGGAGGAAAGUUGAAGUCGUUUGGGAGUGGAAGCUUGCUGAUGAUAAUGGCUUCAAUUGCAUGGAUGUUCAUCUCAACUGCCAAUUGA